AUGGAGCAUCUAGGAAGGUACCAAAUCCGCGGUCAAACGCUGGAAAUUAUCACUGCUAUAGCAGAGGACCUUGGACAAGCCCCCGAAGGCCCUGGGGGUCGUGCAGGAGAUGAUGAUGACGACGAUGAAGACGACGUCGAUGAUGAUGACGGCACUGGUGGACGCGUCAAUGUAGGUGGCGCGGCGCAGCAGCAACGGCAGCAACAAUAUUUUUUCUGCUUUCAGCUCACUGGGUAG